AUGGAAACAAGGAGAAAGAGUUGGAACGAGGAUUCAGAUACAAACAAUAAGCUGAAUGUGUGUCAUUUAAUCCCUAAAUUUACCUACUUGUCCCUAUUGUUCAUCUUAAUUGAGCACACAAUUACGAUCGUGGAUUAUAUGUGCAAGAUUCAGAUAUUCCCUUCACAAUUAAAUGUUUACUUGUCCCUAUUGUUAAUUUUAAUUGGAAGGACCAAAUGUAAGUCAUGUGAUUUAGUAACUUCCUAUGUUCUUAGUGAUUUAAAAGUGCGAACAAUACAAUUGAUUCGAAGGUCUUCACUUUAA